UUGGAACUACAGCGACAACGCGGAGCUGCGAAAGGUAGCAGGAGAGUUCUGCGUCCUCCUUUCUUCAGAAAUGGAUACAAGCCACGUAAAACCACCAGAAGAGGAAAGUAGCACGACAGCUGAAAAAUGUCUGACUUUAGUGUCCCGGAACCAGUGGGGAGCAUUGGUCCCACUGUGCAAGGAGACCCUUCAAUACCCUGCAGAACUUGCAAUCAUUCAUCACACCGCACUCUGGUCCUGUCACGGAUCCCAAGACCAUCUCACUCAGCUAAGACACAUACAGAAGCUUCACAUGCAGGACAGGGGUUUUGAUGACAUUGGCUAUAACUUCCUGAUUGGUCGUGAUGGCACCGUGUACGAGGGCCGUGGCUGGGGAGUUGUCGGGGCUCAUGCCAAGGGCCACAAUCACAACUCUGUGGGCAUCGCUUUCAUGGGCAACUUUAAUGAUGAAGCACCUAGCUCUGCUGCUCUGUCCUCCACUCAACAGCUUCUUCUCUCUGGGGUGGUUUUGGGGCAGCUUCAUCACAAUUAUACUCUACUUGGACACAGAGAUGUGGGGGACACAGAGUGCCCUGGAAAUAUGCUAUAUAAAGAACUGCAGCACUUGUCUCACCAUUGAACACAUCUUCUGGACUACAUAGGUUCGUUUAUUUAAAAUAAUAUUGUCUUUGUGUUAUAAAUGUAACAAUAUACAGUAUAUGGCAGAAAAAUUACAACUCUACGUACUUUCAGUAGAUGGCGCCAUAUUACUGAACUGAGAGUAAUUUACUCACAGCAAGUUUUAUAAACUGUAUUAUUUGUAAAUUUACCUUAAUUUAUGUAUCGAGGACCUUUCAUUUUCUUAUG